AUGGUGUUUGGUGAGUUUUUCCAUCGCCCUGGACAAGACGAGGAACUUGUCAACUUGAACGUGGGGGGCUUUAAGCAGUCCGUCGACCAAAGCACCCUCCUGCGGUUUCCUCACACCAGACUCGGAAAACUGCUCACCUGCCACUCGGAAGAGGCCAUCCUGGAGCUGUGCGAUGACUACAGUGUGGCCGAUAAGGAGUACUACUUUGAUCGGAACCCCUCCUUGUUCAGAUACGUUUUGAAUUUUUAUUACACGGGGAAGCUGCAUGUCAUGGAGGAGCUGUGCGUAUUCUCAUUCUGCCAGGAGAUCGAGUACUGGGGCAUCAACGAGCUCUUCAUCGAUUCCUGCUGCAGUAAUCGCUACCAGGAACGCAAGGAGGAUAACCACGAGAAGGACUGGGACCAGAAGAGCAAUGACGUGAGUACCGACACCUCCUUUGAAGAGUCGUCCCUGUUUGAGAAGGAGCUGGAGAAGUUUGACAAGCUGCGAUUUGGUCAGCUCCGGAAGAAGAUCUGGAUUCGCAUGGAAAACCCAGCCUACUGCCUGUCUGCCAAGCUCAUUGCCAUCUCGUCCUUGAGCGUGGUGCUGGCCUCCAUUGUGGCCAUGUGUGUGCACAGCAUGUCAGAGUUCCAGAACGAGGACGGAGAGGUGGAUGACCCCGUGCUGGAAGGUGUGGAGAUCGCGUGCAUUGCUUGGUUCACUGGCGAGCUUGCCAUCCGGCUGGUCGCUGCUCCCUGUCAAAAGAAAUUCUGGAAAAACCCUCUGAACAUAAUUGACUUCGUCUCCAUUAUCCCCUUCUAUGCCACCUUGGCUGUAGACACCAAGGAGGAAGAGAGUGAGGACAUUGAAAACAUGGGCAAGGUGGUCCAGAUCCUCAGGCUUAUGAGGAUUUUCCGAAUCCUCAAGCUUGCCCGGCACUCAGUGGGACUUCGGUCUCUAGGUGCCACCCUGAGACACAGCUAUCAUGAAGUUGGGCUCCUGCUUCUCUUUCUCUCUGUGGGCAUUUCCAUCUUUUCUGUGCUUAUCUACUCUGUGGAGAAAGACGAGCAGACAUCCAGCCUCACCAGCAUCCCCAUCUGCUGGUGGUGGGCCACCAUCAGCAUGACCACUGUGGGCUAUGGAGACACACACCCAGUCACCUUGGCCGGGAAGCUUAUCGCCAGCACGUGCAUCAUCUGUGGCAUCUUGGUGGUGGCCCUCCCUAUCACCAUUAUCUUCAACAAGUUUUCCAAGUACUACCAGAAGCAGAAGGACAUUGAUGUGGACCAGUGCAGUGAGGACCCACCAGAGAAGUGUCACGAGCUACCUUACUUUAACAUUAGGGACAUUUAUGCCCAGCGGAUGCACGCCUUCAUUACCAGUCUGUCUUCUGUGGGAAUUGUGGUGAGCGAUCCCGAUUCUACAGAUGCUUCAAGCAUUGAAGACAAUGAGGAUGUUUAUAACACAGCAUCCUUGGAGAAUUGCACAGCAAAAUGA